GACUGUGCAAUGUAUAAAAAAGUACAUGUAGUCUUGUUUUCUUAAAAGUAUUCUAAUCGCAUACAUUAUUACAGAGAAAAAAUACUCAGUUAGUAAACAGACCCUGUAUGGCAGAGAGAAGUAUGUCUACUAAUGUGCAUAGUUUAAAAUAAUAUUUGUGAUAUACAAUAAAUUGUAUGAAGGUAGAAAUUAGGGGAACAUUCUGGGGACCUUUAAAGAACGUUCUCUCACGGUUGUAUGAAGCAUUUCAAAUUGAUUUACUUCAGUUUUGUGCUACAUUGAUACUGGCUUAGAAUGUUUUGCUGAAAUUUUUAGAGCCUUGACCAUAAAUCGUUUGGGCAAACAAAGCAACAUGUAUAUUUAUAAUGCAUACAGGUAAUAGAGAUGUAUUUAUUUAUUUUUUCUAAUUAACAGUAGAGGAUACAUGCAGUAACUUCUCUGGCGGCUGUGGAAAGACAGCAAAUGUUGCCUUGAGUUAUAAAUUUUUGAAACGCUGGUAACAGAAAACCUUUAGGGGGAUUUUUGAAGGAGACACCCAAUCCACCGCUGAAAGCAGCCACUGUGUUUGUAAAUCUAAUUAGGAUAUGUGACACCCCUGUAUUGAAGCAUAUCUCAUUACUGUGUUAACAUUAAUAUGACAUUUAUAUGUUCAUGAGUUAAAAGUCAAUUUUAGUUUUUUUUUAUGACAUCCAAAACUACUGCACAUCAGAGACAUGGACCACUGAUCAGAUGCUGACAUUAGUGUCCAAUCCUUGCUUCACUGAAGAUGAGAAAACACGGAAAUGCUGCAACAUCAUUUAUAUUAUUAUAAUUUAUUAUAGUAUUUCGGGGGAAUCAAAAAUGUACACAUAUUUACUGUGUAUUUCCUUAAUUCAAAUACUGCUAACAUAGACUAUGGCUCCAUCAAGUGGCCAUACUGGGUGAGAACUCUCCAAGUUUCAAAGCAGAGAAAGGAUGCUCUGGAGACAUGAUUAUCACACAAGGAGCGAGCGAGUUCUCUCUGAGGAAAUAACAGUGGCAUAAAGCUGAAUACAGUAUAAAUCAUCAUUUCUCCAGUCUUGAUAUAUAACUUUAGAAUUGCAAAAGUUUACGCUCUUAUAUCAGAAAACGAUGACUCAAGUCUGAUAGGAUAGGGAGCACAGAGAGAGAGAGAGAGCGAGGGAGAAGACUUAAAUUGAAUGACAAAUACUGAACUUAACAUUUUCAGCCUCGGGGUACACUCAGCAAUAUCUCUGCGACUCCUUAAAGCGAUACUUCAGACAAGUGGGGGGUGGAGGUGCAUGAGGUACUUGUGCAGAGUCAGUGCGUUUCAUACAGGCGACAGCAUUCUGUAUGGAGAGUCAGAUAAGAGAAGCGGGAGAACACAAUUUACACAUUUUUCUGAUGUGAUUAGGGGGCAGCAGAGGAAAUGUGUUGUAGAACGAACGCCCCGACUGAGAAAAUCAAUAACAUCCUCACACCACACUGCGGUCGACUGUAUGCAACACGCUGACUGUGUAUAAGAACCCAGAUUCUAUUGCUUUAAGCACAAACUUCUCAGAAUAAACUUAGGAGUUUAGUCACUGAAACCUAGUGUGAACUGUAACUGUAACUAUAUUCCACAGCAAACCAAAAAUCUCUGCUUUAAUGCACGGAUUUGUCCCCACCCCCCUGUCAUUAAUCUUGUUAAUUUCUGCUUUUCUAUUUAAGCUACAUUAAUUUUUAAUUAAAAGAAACUUGGUGACAGAUAUGCUUUGUGGCACUGCAAAAUAUAGCGGAUUUUUGGCAAGCACACAUAAAGAAAGAGGCUGUUUUUAAUUACACGGACCUGUAGAAUUCAUUAGGAGAACUGGUAUACUCCUGUCAUUAUCAUUAAUUCUGCGUGGUGCACUAAUACCACACAAGUUACCCCCUGAAAAAGAGUUUUAUUAAAAAGUUCAGGCUACCCCACAAAAAAAUUAUUACACUGGUCCACACAUUCUGUUAAAUUAUUAAACUGCAAGUGUAAAUAAAUACGUGGUGGAGUUUGACGUUAAGCCGGUGCAUUUAUCAGGCCCCCUCCACUGUCAAUCACUUGACUAUUUUCCCAGCCAAUUAUCUGUAGAGCCCCAGCUGCUUUGCAGCUUUUAUCUGUGAACUGUUUACGAAUGUCCUAUCGCACACAUUCUGCGGCGCUCGCCGAGGAACAUGAAAAGUUCCUGUGGGACGACCACUGUCCACAGCUCCCUGCAAGUCUUUGAAAGCUGGCAGUACUUUUCCCGUCCGUCUGGAGAGUUCCUCUACAGCCUACGAACCAUCCUAUGUAGAAGAAUGAGAGGAGAGACACUGUUUCCAGCCCUGAUACUAACGUCUGUGAUGCUGAGUCUUUUAACGAUACAGACGUCUCAUGGACAGCACUUGGCAGAGGAGGCCUGCACCGUUCAGAUCCUUGUCCCUGGACUCAAAGGAGAACCAGGACAAAAAGGACAAAAAGGAGCACCGGGGAGACCGGGGAGACUUGGCCCUCCCGGAGAGCUGGGGCAACCUGGGCUUAAAGGAGAUAAAGGAAUCAUGGGACGUUUUGGAAAAGUGGGCCCAAGUGGAAUGAAAGGGGUCAAAGGCGAAAUGGGGGAUCCAGGUCCAAGGGGCCCUAAUGGAGAGCCAGGGCUUCCGUGCGAGUGCACGCCGAUGAGAAACAUGAUCGGAGAAAUAGACAUUCUCGUGGCACAGCUCUCCUCUGAACUGAAAUUCAUCAAAAAUGCACUGCCCUCCCCUGCAGCUGUUGCUGGCAUAAAAGAGACAGACAGUAAAGUCUACCUAUUGGUGAAGGAGGAGAAACGCUACCACGAUGCCGAGGCCUACUGUCAGACGAGGGGAGGGCACCUGGCCAUGCCCAAGGAUGAGGGCGCCAACGCGGCCAUAGCGGGGUACAUUAGCGACGCGGGCCUGAGCAGAGUCUACAUAGGCGUUCAUGACCGGGACCAGGAGGGUGUUUUCACCUACGUGGACCACUCUCCCAUGACCACCUUCACCAAGUGGAGGAAAGGAGAGCCCAACAAUGCCUACGACGACGAGGACUGUGCUGAGAUGGUGGCGUCCGGAGAGUGGACUGAUGUGGCGUGCAACCCAACCAUGUAUUUUGUCUGUGAAUUUGACAAGGACAGCGUCUGAUUCCAUCAUUUUGUGGGAACUUUUAUGUGUAAAUAUGAUGACACAAUGACGUGUAAGUUGUAUUUUUUAGCAUAAUAGUCGUAUUAGCUAUUUAUUUUCUCAACUCACAUAACAGUUUUUGUUCUUUGUACCCCAAAAAUUUACUAUUUUUAAUGUCACAAAUAAACAAGGCAAAUAUGCAAAUGCUGCAGAGGAGCUACAGAUGAUUUAGGAAGUAUAGGAAAAUCCAAAUUGGAUGGAUUUUGGUUCCAGCUUGGCGCUUUUAAUCAGAUAACUGAACAAACGACGCUUUCUAUAUUUACAUGUGUAUAAGUUAUAUGGCAGUAGCUGAGCAAUAAACAUUCACAAAUAAUUUA